GCUUUUCUUGACAUGUAUCCGAGAUCUGCUGCUACACACAACAGGCAACACAAAGAUUUUUCUCUGUGUGUAUGAUACAAUGAAAGAUAGAAAAUUAACACUCAGUUGAGCAAGAGAUCAUUAGAAACAGAGAAUAACCUUGAAUUAGGGAAGAAUUAAGGCAAUCAGUCAAGCCCUUUGCAAAUAAAUCACCCUGGCAUUUGCCUUAACUGAUUUAGGAAAAUUGCAGGAAGCCUACAUUUGGAUAUCUGCACUGGGGUUUGAACCAUUAUCUUUCAGAGCAGCUCCAGUACACUAAGCAGUGUGCCACCUCGCUUGGUGAUGCCAAGUAUUACUGUGAAAUGUAAUAUAGGGGAUUUAGCUAGUAGGGUAGUUGGCAACAUUGGCAUGUGGCUUUCAGGGAACAGAUUAAUGCUUAACUGCAAGAAAGUUCAAUAAAUACAGUUUCUGACACAGAACCCUAGUAAAAGUGGAGGUUUUUCACUUUCCUAAGGUGGUCAAAUAGCAGUAAAGUCAACUUCUAAAUCUACAACCUGCAGAUGACUGAAGUGCAUGGCAGAGGCUAUCAUCAGUUAUUAUGGUUUCUUCACAACCCAUUUGCAUAUGGAGCGUGAAAAGAAUGAGUGUUUAAAUGCCUCUGUGUGUGUUGUAAUUAAUCUAAUCUUGCACUCACGAUCCCUAUGGGAGCAAUACCUAAGGUGCUGCAGGACAUUCCUAGAUCCAUCAUUUCAUUUCAGGCCGAUUCUUGAAAGUUUGUAAGCAAGGCUUCUCCGGAUAGUUUACAUCUACGUUCAGGAGUCUACCAUUUCAGUUCCUUUUCAGCAUCUCUGUGACAAACUAAUGUGUGACCAUUCAUACUGCCCUUCUCUGUAUACCUUUAAUAUCCCCAAUUAGUCCUAUCUGGGAUGAGUCCCACACACUUGAGCAAUUUUACAGAAUAUUCUUUGUAGAUUAACUGUGCUUCCCCAGUAUUCUACCAAUAAAAUUAAGCCUACCAUCUGGUUUACUCACAACUGAAUCUAUGUGAUCAUUCCAUUUCAUAUUCCUACAAGAUGCUACAAACAAGUUUCAUAUGAGUAGGCCGAUUCUAGCUCAAUGCUAUUACAGUUUUGGAUACUACUUUAUUUCAUGUUGUGACACCUACAAUUGUACAUUUCUGAACAUUUAAAGCAAGUUUCCAAUACUUGCACCACUUUGAAACCUUAUAAAGCUCUGACUGAAUGUUUAUGCAACUUCUUUAAGACAAUACAUCAUAGGUAACUGCAUCAUCUACAUAAAGCCUGAUUUUAAUAUCACUACAGUCAGCAAAGUCACUAAUUUACAGCAUGAACAGCAAGGAUCCCAACAUGUUUCUCUAGCACACACCCAAAAGUUACUUCUGCAUCUGACGAUGACUCUCCAUCCAAGAUAAAAUGCUGCAUCUUCCCUACCAAAAUGUACCCAAUCCAGUAACGUAUUGCACUUGAUAGUUUAUGUGAUUGCACUUUUGACAAUAAGCACAGGUGUGGCACUCCGUCAAAUGCUUAUCGGAAAUCAAGAAAUAAGCACCUACCCGACUGCCUUGAUUCAAGGCUUUCAGUAAAUCAUGUGAGAAAAGUGCAAGUCGGGUUUGGGUUUCACAGAUCGAUGUUUUCAGAAUUCACACUGGUUGGCAGUGAGGAUGUCACUAAUCAAGAUACCUCGUUAUGAUUUAGCUCAUAAUAUGUUCCAAGAUUCUACAAUAAACUGAUGUUGAGGAUAUUGGGCAGUAAUUUUGUGGAUCACUUCUACUACCCUUCUUGUAAAUGGUUGUGAUCUGUGCUUUCUUCCAACUACUGAAAAUGGUUUUUUGUCUGAGGGAUGUUCCAACUAUUGAGCAUGGUUUUUUUGUUCAAGGGAUUUUUGACAGAUUAUAGUUAGAAGACGGUCGGUGACCUUUUGUAUCACUUCAAGAACAGUGUUGCCCAUUGUUCAGAUCUUGGAAAUUCGAACUCUGUCAUUUCUGUACAUGUAUAGUUCAUCAUAGUAUUUGUUGUUGACAAUACUAACUCAUUCAGAAAAAACUGGAAUAUGCAGCCAUUGUACACUAGAAAGAAAAACCAAAUGCACUUGGGUAACACUUCCUUAAGCACUGUGCAGAAUGGUGAGCACUUUUGGCAAGUUUAAUUUUCAAUGGGCUUCCAGUAGAAUUGAAAAACAAUGAUGAAAUUUAAGUAUUCAGUACAAACUAUUAUGCACACAAGUUCCUUGAAACAGUAUGCUACAUUUUUAUGUCACGUUAUUUAUUCACACUGUAUUGGAAUAGACAUGGGCUAUAUUCAGUGUCCUAUAUAGAGUGCUAGGUCCCAUGCACUGACCACUGCUGGACAAUGCCCAGCAACUCCAACUUCAGCAACGAGCCACUUCUGUACCCCCACUUCUGCAUGUCAACAACCUGGGACUCCAGCCAACGUCCAGUAAGCUACUCCAGUUUGACCCACAAACAUAACGUAGCCACUGAAUCGGUCACUGGCCUCUGUUAUAGAAAUUUCUAUGUUACACAUAAACCACAAAAACAUGGUCCUGUCGGCUGAGUCAGCAUCGGACACCUUCAUUUAGACCCAUGGAGACCAGGCUAUCGUUGUCAAACAGCUGGGCAGUAGUAUGACAUCCAGUCUGUGCUUGUCAGCAUCAUAUCGAAGACGCUGCUGUCACCGAGCCUCAAAUCUCUGGCCAUUGCCUUACCGCCCAGGUACCUGUGUAGCUCAGCACUCGGCAGCCUUCACGGAUGUACAAUGCAGGGUCCACUCCUCCUUGCCUCUGACAACAUUCUAAUGGGUGGCCCCUUCACCCUGUGUCAUUAGGGACAGAUACAGCCAGCCGUAUUCCCGGUGUCAGGCAGUCAACUAAGGACUGGCUAACACAGGACUCCACCAACUCUUAGCAGUGCCAGCAAUAGCACAUGGCCAGUGCUAUGGCCUACAUUUAUUUAUUUUAUUUAUCCAUCCGUUGACAACCAAUAUUGUAUGGAUGUUGUCAAGGGUACAUGUAAGCCAUUUCAAAGAAACGUGACACAAACAAUAUACAUGUAAAAAAGUACACAACAAAAUAAUACAAUGAAGUUAAUAAUAAUACAAUGAAAUUAAUAUAGCCUAUAUACAUCCCUGCCUGUUAUUUUAAAUGCAUAGUCUGUUUUUCAUAAGGCUUUAGUUUCGUCCUCCCUACACGGCAAGUCCUUAUAUACACAACACUGCUUAAGUAUACAUUUACAUCACACAACAGCCGUCAUUUAAGUAUGUAAAUGUAAGGAAUGAUUAGGUAAUGAAUGAUUAGGUACAGAUAGAGUAUUUUUCAUUUUGCCUUUAUCAUCAGAAAAAAAAUUACUGACCUACAUAGUCAUUUACAGAAUAAAAACAUUGCUCUACUAGAAAUUUUUUAAAUUCUGUUUUAAAUUUGCUAUCAUCUUCUAACUGCCUUAUGUUGACUGGCAGUGCGUUGUACAGUUUUGCACUAUUACGGGUAUUGUAGUUAUUAAAGUCGGCAUUUGUCUGAAAAUCUGCAAUGUGGGCCCUGACAUACAAUACACAUUUGUAUAUGUAUAAUGAUGGUAUAGUAAGUAUUAUAAGCUUUUUGAAUAUGGGUUUGCAGUGUGUCUGUGGAUGAGUGAGUUGUUAUUUGGAUGGCCCUCUUCUGCAACAAAAAAAUUUGUUUUAGGUACUCUGUUGUGGAACCCCAAAAUAUUAUUCCGUAUGUGGGAAGAGAUUGAAAAUAGCCGAAAUAUGCCAUUCUGGUACCCUUGAGGUUAGCGUAACAGGUGAUGAUAUAUUGAUGCAUUUGCCGUGCUUACCAUCUAAACUAGCGGCAUGAAAGACUAAUGUAUGUAAAUAAACAGCAACGACGGGUUUCUUAUAACCACAGGGUGGCUUCUCUGCUCUACCUUCUCACCUAUUUGGUGGAGAAUCACUCACCACACCUAGCCAUCCUACGUACCCUUUUAUAUUUUCUCAGAACUUUUUUUGCAUUUCAUUAAUGAUUCCAUUUUGAACAAACAUAGGUCUGUUAAUUAUCUGCCUCCAUGUCACCAACAUUGUUUAAAAUCUAUAUGCACAAGUCUUGCGACAUGGUCUCACAAAUGCAAUUUGAGGGGGUUAGGAAUUGAAGAUUGAGCUUAUUAACAUCACCUACUACUUGCUAAUGAUCAAAAAGUUAUAGCAAAAGAUGGUGAAGACCCAAAUUAUAAAUGUAAUCAAUUAGCAAUAGAAUACACACACUGGGGAUUGAAGAUUAAUUAUUAGAAAACAGAAUACCUCACUAACGAUUCAGAUGACUUACAUAUUGAGUAAAAGAGAAUUGAGAAGGUAAAUACUUUUUAUUUGGGAUCCAUUUUAGAAAUGGUGGGAAAAUCAGAUAUAGAAAUUAAUAAAAGAAUUAGCAGUGGAAGGAAGAUCAUUGGAAUGCUCGACUCAAUCUUUGUAGCAUAUAUAAAUUGAUACUAGAGAGCAUAGCUCUGUAUGUAAUGGACACAUGGACUACUAAACUGAAAUAUAUAAAACAAACUACAAGCAGUCUGAAAAGGACUUCUGGAGAAGAUCAGCAAAAAUUUCUAGAAAAGAGAAAAUAAGAAAUGACAAUAAAGAGAAUGGAAGUAAGAGAAGGAAUAUGUGACAUGAUGGAGAGAAGGAAGUUACAUGGUACGGGCAUGUAAGAAUGGAGGAAAAUUAUCCUCAAAUGGCAACCGGAGGGGAAACAAGAGAAGAGGUCACCCUAAGGCGACAUGGUUCCGAAAUGUACAAUAAAAAAAUGAGGAGAAUUAGUGCGGACGAAGACAUGCAAUAUUGAAACACGUAGGGGCAUCGUGUGGAGAUAAAUUACGAUCUUAUGUAACAGAUGUGAUAAUUUCUGGGUGUUAUGUUGGAGAAAAACCUUUGUAUAGAGGGAAAUCUAAAUAAAUAAACAAACAAAAUUAAUGAUUCCAUUUACAGAUUUUCUAAUCAGACUUCUAUAAAAUACAUAUCAACUCAUUUCAUGGCCAAGCUGUUUUGGCUUGCAUGGUACCAGAGAAACAGAUACGCCUAAAUGAAUGUGACUGAAAAGCUUUAUUCCUAAGAUAAUCAAUUUUGUGAAUUCUAUUUAAUCAGGGUUACAACUGGUAAAAACUCAUUACCAAUCAGUGUAAACAUCUUAAUGGGUAAGCUAUAUUUCACAUUGACAUCCAUAGUGCUUUAAACAUCUGUACAUCAUAGGACUUUGAGAAGUCUCCAGAAAUGGCUAAUUUUUGCUUAUUAAUCAACCACAUAUAUUCAGAUUUAACUAGUUUUAAACUCUAAGUGCAAUGCUUUACAAAAGAAACUGCAUGUUAUCAAAUUUGCCACCGACUAUUGGUUUUAAGAAAUCAAAGUAUGAUAUCCUUGCAACUGUGUUUCAAGUGCUCUCUAUGUCUCAACAAAUUAUUAGUAUCUGAUGUGUAUAAUAUUUAAGCAGCUAAAUAAGGCUAAAACAGGCGGUGUAGAUGCUUUAACGUUCAAAACUGUGCCAGCAGACCACAACUUUUGUUCGACUAGUAAACUGUGAGUAGAAACACUGAGCACUUGUUUCUUGUUCAUACGUCAGGUGAUUAAUACAGAUUACAGAAGCGUUUUCACGACGGUUUGACAUGUUUUAAACAUUAACUACCACUACAAAUUUCUCGUCUUCAUAUAUAUAUGCGAUAAUGCACUUCCGUGCCGUGGUUUCACUGGUGAAUUUAAAGUAUGCCUUUUUUAAUACUGUGAUUCGGAGAGAAGCAAAACGUGUUCUGUGUACAUACCGCUUUCAAACCAAUUAACUGAACAUUCAUGCAAGGUGAUUAGAGCAACCAUGGGGAUCUGAACACAUUCCUUCCUAACGCGGGGCCAUCGAUGUUUCGAAUAAUGAAUGUUUCACAACAUAGAGGUUUGAUGAAAGUUCUGGCUCCAGGUUGGUGACAUUCGCACGAAUUCGUUGUUUGUUAAUAGCUUUUCUGACUCUGCAUUAGUUAUCUUGACUUUUAAAUAAACUGCACACGAAAUGUCCGCAAAUACGCAUAAACGCAGAAAAAUUAUAUGGCUACCAUAGUACAUCUACAUGUAGUUCCAACCAUUAAAUCUAACGCAACCUGUCUAGUUAACUACAAUAUAAAAACUGUACCACUAGGCAACAAGACAUCAGGCCAUAUACCGGCCACAAUGCACAAGUAUAGAUCGCCCUAAAAAGUAAGAACGAGGUGAACAUGCAGAAGGGUUACGCGGGCACACAUGCAACACAUGACGAACAUAAAGCAAAUAAAUUUCCAUACGCAUUAGUCUCUUAACAUUUGUCGAUCAAUAACUAUUGCUACACCAGCAACAGAUACAAGUCAGUCACUAAAUGUGGUUGGUAAACAUGCAAAAAUAAUUGCCCCUUUAUGAUUAACGUGAUCUUUGACCAAAGAUAACUGCGGUUAUGAGAUGGUAGAACAUUGUUUAUGGGAAUAAAAGUGAUAGCGACGGAAAAGUUACUAUUUAAGUGUGAUAUAUUCCAAUGAUGUUGUAAAAAAAAAGUUUUCACAAUUGCAUGUUUUCGGUAUUGCUAUUCUUGCUUUGCAUCUUCGAGAAUGACUGAAUACAAACUGGUUGUUGUGGGUGCGGGUGGCGUUGGGAAAAGUGCAUUGACAAUUCAACUUAUACAAAAUCAUUUUGUGGACGAAUAUGAUCCUACAAUAGAAGAUUCUUAUCGGAAACAGGUUGUGAUUGACGGAGAGACGUGUUUGUUAGACAUAUUGGACACAGCAGGUCAAGAAGAAUAUAGUGCUAUGAGAGACCAAUAUAUGAGGACUGGUGAAGGUUUUCUUUUAGUUUUCGCAGUUAACAGUGCAAAAUCCUUUGAAGAUAUUGGAACUUAUCGCGAGCAGAUCAAAAGGGUUAAAGAUGCAGAAGAAGUCCCGAUGGUAUUAGUUGGGAAUAAGUGCGACCUACCAUCGUGGGUAGUUGAUACAAAUCAAGCACGCGAAAUAGCCAAGCAGUAUGGAAUCCCCUUCGUCGAAACAUCAGCAAAAACACGUAUGGGUGUUGACGACGCAUUCUAUACCCUUGUACGAGAAAUCAGAAAAGAUAAGGAGCACAGAGGACGAGAAAAACGAAAAAGAUUGAGAGGAACCCACAAAAAGAAGAGAUGCUGUUUGCUGUAGAGGUUUAAUCACUUUAACUUAUAACUAUAUUUCUUUUAAUAUUAAAAUUUUUCUAAUCUCGUUCCAUAAUUGCAUAUGAUGAGCAAUUAAUUCUUCUUUGCAUUUGCCAUGGUUGUUAGAAGCAUAAAAGCUGCUUAUACUUCAACUGUGAUUUCCUCUCAGCCGUUGUCCUUUUUUUUCUGUUUGCAAAGAAAAUAAAGAAGUUUCCCCAUGUGUUUCAAACCGAAAAACUGCCAAGGAAUGGGGAAAACUGAUGCUCACAUAUGUUUUGAUAAGAGAUUUUUUUUCAUUGUUAUUAUUAUAAAUACUUGCCUUCAUUGUAGAAUUUUAUGUUGUCAUCGAGAUCUUUUUAUUAUGUUAUUUAUACUGCCAGUAACUUUAGUGUUUACAUUUUCUGAAUAAACGAGUCAUGUUUGCAAUAACAUUUGGCAAAUGGUACUCCUGUUUGAAAGUCUUAAGCACAAAUUCCAGUGUAGCUGAUUUUGCAUCAUAUAUGAUGUGCACAAUUUAUAAUUUUUUUUAAACUCUGUGCUUCAAGGUACGUAAACUUUUACGUGUGUGUGUGUGUGUGUGUGUGUGUGUGUGUGUGUGUGUGAGAGAGAGAGAGAGAGAGAGAGAGAGAGAGAGAGAGAGAGAGGUCCUUUGUAAAUGUUUUCAAAUUCACGUUGCUGUGUACAGUUAUCAUUAUAAUUAUUUACAGUUCCCUUGUGAUACCUUUUGACAUUUAAUUUGUCUUGUAGUACAGUUAUGAAAAUUUUGUUCUUUUGUAAUUCUGGUCACUGCAGCAGAUGUUCACCUUUGUCAUUUUUUUAAAAGUAUGUUUCAUGAAAUGAAUAACUUGUGUACUGAGAGUUAUUGUGAAGUGACCAGGCUGAUGCUGAACAGAAGAAGUUACAAUCAGCGUAAAAGUGCUGGGAGACUUUGAGAUAUCUUGAUCACAAUUUUAUUAUUCCAGUACACCUCACAUGUUUCAACAUUACACCAUUGUCAGAGGCAAAUGCUUUAUGCCACUAUUACUGUGAAUCAGUAGUAACUUAUCCAAAUGGGUACCUGGUAUCUAGUCACCAUUCCUUCGUAACAAGCAAUUGCAAACUGAUAUUAAGCAUUUGCCUUUGAUUAUGACGUAAUAUUGAAAAGUGUAAUGCAUAUUGCAAUAGAGCCUAGUAAAAUUGUGGUCAAGACAUCUCAAAAUGUUAAAAUGAACAAUAUAAAUGAAAGAUUAAGUUGCUGUCUUAUUGAUAUGAAGAGAGUUAUCAAAUUGUGGAGCUGUACUAGUUAUAAGUCUUCUGAGAAAGGAUAUUGAGUGCACGAAGGAGACUGUAUCAGUAAUGAACAGGUUAUACAGCCAUUUUUUUAAAAAAAAUAUAUGUAUAUGCUUUAACUUGUGGAAACACUUAAAUUGAUGAACUUAAGUAGAUUAAGUACAGUUGUGUGAAAUUGAACAACUUUAAAUAAAUUUCAUUUUCAUGACUUCAACUGAAUAUAUAAGUUGAGUGGACAUGGUCAGACACAAGUAGGAUAAUUGUUUUAAUGAUAAAUGCCUUUUGGUAAUAUUGAUAUUAAAGCAAAUAACUUUUUAUUACUAUCUGAUGUCACAAGUGAACAUUUUCUAUUUGUCCAAAUGUUCUCUGUGUUACAAGGAAUUAUGUACUAUUAUAGUCCAAAGACACAAAUUCAGUUAAGUAGGUGUUUUUCAAUUAUAAAUUUAGUGUUUUUUAUUGCUGUGUUAUUACAAAUUUCACAAGUAUCUAUUGAUGUUGUUAAUAAAGCUUGAUUAAAAUUUUUGUUAGCAGUA